UAAUUCAACCGACUAACCAAAAGCUCUCGAGCGCAUUUUGUAACGCCACAGCUCACGAUUCUGCCGGACUGUAUUUUGUGUGCUGCGUUCCACUUCUUGGCCAAGCCAGACAGCAAUUGUCGGCUGGCUCUGGUGCUUCUUCCUCGCGCCGGGACUGUGAGUGAUUGUUGUGUUUUCAUGAACAUUGUGGUGGUUGCUGUGGAAGACAAUAACGAGAAAAAUUCACCCAUAAAAUUUUGAUUAAUUGCUGGGUGUGUUUUGAUGGGGUGAAAUUCCGAUGGCUCUUCACGUGAGUCUGUGGAUUUUGCCAUACGUUCGUGUUAUUGAAUUUCUCAUUGUGUCAGACUGAAGUGCGGUCAGCAAGAAGUCGUUAUGAGUGUUUGAUUGUGAUGAUCAUUGCUGCUCAGAAUUCUGUGGGUCAAAAGGAUCUUAAAAAAAAUACAAGUUAAAUACUUCUAAGAGAGAAGAUUGCGAUGAACAUCCAAGUUGAGUGAGAUAUAAAUGAUGUGCAAUGAGAGGAAGAAUAAUGAAAGAACUGUGUUAAUAUUGUCAUGAACAAUCUGUUGCCAUUUAAGUGAUUUAGAGGAGAGAAAUUUUUGGUUGUGGAAUAUCACAAGUCACUGUCAAAAAGUGUAUUUUAUCAUUUUCAUGCCCUCGGGGGUUAAUUAAUUAAAGUGUCACACAAGAAAUUGUCGGACAAAAACUCAUAGCGAGACAGAGAGACUGUGCAGUAGGAACUGACGGGUGAAAAUUGGUGACUCCUGUAGGUGGGACUGUGAAGAAUGCACUUGACAGGGAACACAACGACAACAAGUGCUUCGACCGCAAAUGGAACCACGGCCACGAGUGGCGGUGGUGCGGCGGGGGCCACAUCUUCACCUGGCGAGGGUGGCACGUCCACGCCAUCGGCCGCAAGUCUCCUCAAUGAUGCCUACACCAAAAUGACCAGCGACAUCCUGGCAGAGCGGACACUCGGCGACUUCCUGUCAGAACACCCGGGCGAGCUCAUCCGCACAGGCAGUCCGCUCUUCGUCUGCACCGUCCUGCCGCCUCACUGGCGCUCCAACAAGACCCUGCCGGUGGCGUUCAAAGUGGUGGCGCUCGGCGACAUCGGCGAUGGCACAAUGGUCACCGUGAGGGCAGGCAAUGAUGAGAACUACUGCGCGGAGCUGAGAAACAGCACUGCCGUGAUGAAGAAUCAAGUGGCUAAAUUCAAUGAUUUACGAUUCGUGGGCCGCAGCGGUCGAGGAAAGAGUUUCACCCUCACAAUAACCGUUUCAACGAGUCCACCACAAGUGGCGACGUACAACAAGGCAAUCAAGGUGACUGUCGAUGGACCUCGGGAGCCCCGAUCAAAGACAAGGCAACAACAGCAGUUUCACUUCGCCUUCGGACAACGUCCCUUUCACUUCCCAACGGACCCACUCUCUGGAUUCCGGAUGCCGCCAAUUGGAAAUUGUCAAAACAUGUCGCAAUUCAGCCUAGGCACGGCCAAUUCGCACUGGGGCUACGGCACGACGGGUCCUUACUCGCCCUACUUGACCGGAAGCACCCUCACGAGCUGUACAACUCCCACUGCGGCCCAAUUCAACAAUCCCGCCCUGGGAUUCACCUGCUCCACCACCGACCAGAACACCUCACAAGAUUUCACCGGCGGCAAUCGCGACUGCGUUCCAAUGCUUCCGGACUCUACUGCAACGGAUCUGGAUCAACAUCUGAGCAACCUUGUGGGAACACCGCCAACACCACAAAUGACCACGACACACCAGAGUCUGCUGGGUGCGGCUGGAAGUGGCGGAGGCGCUCAGACACCUGGAAAUGUCUCCAAUGGUCUCCUAGUUCCUCGAUAUCACGGCAACAGUGCUGCGACCAAUGACUACCACGUGCACUCGAGUCAGAAUGGACCGCGAAGUCUUAGUGACUCGUCCCAGGCGGAAUCUCCGGUGCAAGAUGAUCUGCUCACAUCCAACACGCCCAACAUUGGCACUGCCGGAGGUGCGAAUACCGGUGCGAAUGGAGCCAAUGGGGGUGGAAAUCAAAAUUUCUCCGGAAUUGUGGUGAAUCAGACACAAAACUCCUAUGGAGCGUCCACGGGUGGAUGCAAUGGAUCUAUCUAUCCUGUCUUGCCGGCCAGUUUGCUCUACUCUCAACUCUACACGGCCGCCAAUCAGACGCACUCCUUUCACACGCACUCCCUGCAGACGCACACACAGAACUCAGGCGUCCACGGGGAACUCCAGAGUGUGAUGGAUCACAUCACGACGGGCGGGAGUGCGGCUGGGGCGCGUCAUCAUCACCAUCAGGGGCUCAUGCCGGGUGCCACGCACGCUGCUGAGCUCACGCUAGUGGGGACUUGCGGCGGAGCCGUUCGCGGCGGUGAGGAGUCUGUCGUGAGUGUUCGCGGGGUGGGUAUGGGCCAGAGAGGGGCUCAGCCUCAAGGGGCCGCAGCCGGGCAGACAGACAAUGGGAAUUCUGUGUGGAGACCCUACUGAGGCCGACCGCCUGAUGGUUGCGCCUCAGUGACUGGCAAUGGAAUGUGAAUUUCGCAAAGUAACAAUCCCAAGAGUUUUCACUGCGUGGAUUUUUCUUGGCAGAGAGAUGAGAACUCUUGCGCUUGUCUCAAGGAAGGUGACUCUGUAAUGCUCGCAAUUUGGUAGUUAUGUAAUUUGUAAUGAUAUCUCAGAUAUUUAAUUGUAUAUUUGAGUCUCUCAUGCUAGAGAUUAUAGGGGAGUUUGACCUUGCAAAUUCAUUUGCUAUGAGAAGUAUGGUUAAAAUUCCUCUGUUGGCAAUUGAUAGAAAUGCAUGAAAGAGAUGUUAAUUGCUCUUGAAAUACUCAUAAUUUAAAGGAAGAGUUUAAAGAAAAAAUUGGAAAAGCUCUGAAAUUAUUGUUCAGUGAAUUAUGUGAUUAUUUUCCGUGUCUCUGCAAUCAUUCUGUUUUGGUAUGGAAUUAUAAAAAGUUUGUGGACGAUUAAUUCGUAAGAUUAGCGCAAAGCGUGGCAAUCUGCAAGAUUUAUAAAUGGUUUAAUGAUAGGCUUAACCUUCAUAACCAGAUUCGAUUGAAAUUGAUUCCCAAAAGAUACACAGUCUUCAUUUGAAUUCAUGAUAUGAUGUUUAAAAUUUGCUCUCACAGGUAAGGACAUCUACAAUGUUUUAACAUAGGCUAGAAGAAUGUAACUUAUUAUUCAACUUUAAGUGGUUGUAUAAAUUCUGAGUACGCAUAAUUGAAGAUUAUUUCGCGCUCUAGAGGUUCGAGAAGUGAAAUAAACUGAGAAGAAUCUCCAUUUUGCGUACCUCAAGUGUAUUUAUACAACCUUUUAAAGGGGAAAUGGCUCAUUAAUGAGGAAAAGCUGUAUUAAUGGAUUUAAAGAAACCCUACCUGUAUAAGGAGACACUUAGUGAAAUGACAAAAGAGAUAAGAGAACGAGUGAAGGUGUGUGAGAGUAAUGUUGUGAAUUACAUAUAAAACCCCCUCGGCAUUAACUGUAACUUCUUAAAUGCAAAUCUGUAAACUAGUCCCAAGUUGUAGAUGUAAAUAUAAGGUUAAAAAUAAAUGA